AUGGCUACUCCGGGUGUUCCGGUCGACAACAAUGAGGAUAAGAAAGAUCAGUCUGAGCCGGCGGGCGAGGAAGACUUCGAGACGCUGAAAUAUCAGUUGUUGGGACCCUCUUUAACCAAAGCGGGUCAAGAUGCCGUGGAUCAGCAAAAGGUUUCAGAAAUCAUCUAUAAUGCCUCGAAAGGUUCCAAAUUCUUCAAUCAUGAGCAGGAGCGAGAUCGCAACCUCACCGUGAAGAUUGAGCGCAUUCUUAAAGCAAAAGCCCGGCUAGAGAAGCUCGAUUUGAGUCAUGAUCUACGACGAGCAGACGAGUACCUUGCCGAGUUGGAACUCAGCCGAGAUCUCUCCCAAUUUGUCAUCCACGUCGACUGCGAUGCAUUCUUCGCGGCGGUCGAAGAACUCGAUAGGCCCGAGCUGAAAACCGUCCCCAUGGCCGUUGGCAAAGGUGUGUUGACAACAUGCAACUAUUUGGCUCGCAAGUUUGGUGUUCGCAGUGGCAUGGCGUCGUUUGUGGCAAAGAAGUUGUGUCCCCAUCUAGUCCUUCUCCCACAGAACUACGAGAAAUAUACUGCCAAGGCCACCGAGAUUCGCGCCAUCAUGGCAGAGUAUGACCCGCUUUUUGAGACUGCCAGUGUCGAUGAAGCGUACUUGAACAUCACUGCCUAUUGUGAUGAAAACCAGGUGGACCCAGAGGAGGCAGUUCAAAACAUGCGCGCGCGAAUUCUUGAGGAAACCAAAGUAUCUGUCUCCGCCGGUAUCGCUGCCAAUGCGAAGAUUGCCAAAAUUGCGUCCAACCAGAACAAACCGAAUGGGCAAUUUUGCGUUGUGAAUAAGCGAGAGGCAAUCAUGGAAUUCAUGCGAACUUUACCUGUUAGGAAAGUCAAUGGCGUUGGUCGUGUUUUCGAACGAGAGCUAGGUUCUAUCGGUGUGGUGACGUGCGGGGACAUUUAUCCACAUCGUGCCAUGUUGACCAAGUUAUUCGGCGAAAAGGCGUUUCAGUUUCUGGCGCAGUGCUAUCUUGGCCUGGGGCGUACAAACAUCCAACCCAUCGAGGCUAGCGAACGGAAGAGUGUGAGUACAGAGACAACAUUCAAUGAAAUUGGCGAUAAGGAGGAGCUUCGAGCCAAGCUUCGUUGGGCUGCAGAAGAGAUGGAAAAGGAUUUGGUCCGCACCCAGUUCAAGGGCCGCACCCUUUGUCUGAAGGUGAAACUUCACACCUUUGAGGUUUUGACCCGCCAGACGGCUCCACCGCGCGCUGUCUCCCAAGCGAACGAUCUUUAUGCGUUCGCUCUGCCCAUGCUGGUCAAACUGGAAAAGGAAAUUCCAGGAAUGAAGUUGCGGCUUCUAGGCCUUCGAUGCUCUAACUUGGUCAGCACUAAAAAAGCUGGUAUCAAUUUUUUUGGUGUCACGACACAGCCGAGAUCUAGCGCCGCGCAAACAACGGAGACAUCAGUUCAGAAAGACGAUCAUGAAAUCGGACCGGAGGAAGCAUUUGAGUCGUCGGCCAGACAAGAGGUCCAAGAUGAGAUGAAUGACCUGGAACAGCUGAGCCAAGAGGCUGCCCAUUUUCCUGAUACUGGAGAGUCUAGUGGUGCUGUCAACCCUGGCAGUUCACCUGCCCAGUGGGAGUGUCCCAUCUGUGGUCGGCCGCAAGUUGCGGAUGAUCGGGUAUUUAACGACCACGUGGACUUCUGUCUCUCUCGCCAGACCAUCCGUGAGGUAGUUGAGGAUACUUCACAGGAGGAACCAUCAGCUCCUGCCAGUCGCAAGAGAAAACCCUCUCAACCGAGUACUGCCAACAAUGAUACCCGACAGAAACGGCUUUUCUUUCAAUGA